GCAAUGCCGCGAAGGAUGGCGGCGGUAUAAAAGCAGCGGAGCAGCAGCCAGAAGCUCGAGCCACCUCAGCCUGUGGGCAUUGCAGAACCAACCGUUUCCGACGGUAUCGUGAAUUUCUCCACCCAACAAAGUCCAACCAACACUCCGCAUCAACGAUGGCUAUGUCUGGCCCCGUGUUCGAAGCCUAUCGUUCCGGUGUCACGAACUUGACCGUCGUGGACAUGGUUCUGCCCGACAUGCUCCACAUGGUUGACCCCCAUUGGUACAAGUUUCCUCCCAUGAACCCCCUUUGGCACGGCAUUCUCGGCUUUGUCAUCGGCGUUUUGGGAGUGAUCUCUUUCUGCGGCAACGGCAUGGUGCUCUACAUCUUUGGCACCACCAAAGCGCUCAGGUCACCUUCAAAUUUACUGGUCAUGAACCUGGCUCUCUCUGACUUCCUCAUGAUGAUCAUCAUGUCACCACCCAUGGUGAUCAACUGCUACUACGAAACCUGGGUUCUCGGCCCUCUGAUGUGCGAAAUCUACGCCAUGGCUGGCUCGCUUUUCGGCUGCGGAGACAUUUGGACCAUGGUGUUCAUCGCCAUGGACAGGUACAACGUCAUUGUCAAGGGUCUUGCUGGCAAACCGCUGACGAACGGGACCGCCAUGUUAAGGAUCUUAUUCGUGUGGACGUUUUCCACUGCAUGGACCAUUGCACCACUUUUCGGAUGGAACAGGUACGUACCAGAAGGAAACAUGACUGCUUGCGGCACCGACUACCUGAACCGAGACUGGACCAGCGCAAGCUACCUGGUUGUGUACGGAAUCUUUGUCUACUUCGUCCCACUGUUCACCAUCUGCUUUGCCUACUACUUCAUCCUAUCCGCGGUGUUCGCCCACGAGAAGACAAUGAGGGAGCAGGCCAAGAAGAUGAACGUGGCCUCCCUCAGAGCCGAGGACAAGGCGCAGAGCACUGAAUGCAAACUGGCCAAGGUCGCCCUGGUCACCAUCUCGCUUUGGUGCAUGGCCUGGACGCCCUAUCUGAUCAUCAACUUCACCGGCAUUUUCGUGGGCGCCAACAUCAGCCCCCUGACAACCAUUUGGUGCUCGCUUUUCGCCAAGGCCAGCACCGUUUACAACCCAAUCGUCUACGGAAUAAGCCAUCCCAAGUACAGGGCUGCCCUCUACGCUCGAUUCCCCGCCCUGGUGUGUGGAGGCGCCAGCAGCGAUGACGCAUCGGCCACCAACUCACAGAGCUCCAUUAACACAGAAGCUGAAAAGAAUGAGAACGCUUGAACAUCUCUCAGCUGAACCCGGGUACAUCUCUACGACGAACUGACUGCGAACAUUUAAUGAAAAAUGCAAUUUUCUACCUCUAGCAUUCCUCGACGUAUUUUGUAACAAAACAUACCUUCCCAAGGUCCAUAAUAGUUAACCCGUGCAUCAAUAAAAAUGGGAUAAUACCAAAAA